CAGUUUUUACCGGUUUUAUUUUAAUUGUUCUAACCUAGAAGCGUUGCAGAAGCUUUAUUAUUGCUGACUGUGCUUUAUAAUUUACACAAUGGACAGACAGUUGCCAAAUAAGAUAGAAAACAGGGAUAUGGCCAAUGAUGUAAUUAUCAAGACUGAAAUAAAUAGUGAGUUAAUUUUAAAAUCAGAUAUUAAGAAAGAACCAGAAGAAUCCAGCAUGGAAGAAGAGAGGCCUGUACAAGAUAGAAUAAAUGCCUUGAGUGUACCCAUUUGGGAGUCUGUUGUACAAAAUAACUUAAACGUUGGAUUUGUCAAGACUGAAAUAAAUAAUGAGUUAAUUUUAAAAUCAGAUAUUAAGAAAGAAACAGAAGAAUCAACCAUGGAAGAAGAGAGGCCUGUACAAGAUAGAAUAAACGCUUUGAGUGUACCCAUCUGGGAGUCUGUUGUACAAAAUAACUUAAACCUUGGAUUUGUCAAGACUGAAAUAAAUAAUGAGUUAAUUUUAAAAUCAGAUAUUAAGAAAGAAACUGGAGAAUGCAUUACGGAACAUGAUAGGUGUAUUCUAGAUAGAAUUAACGCCUUGAAUGUACCCAUCUUACAGUCAGUUCCAACUGAGGUAGAGUACAAUUUUAAAUUUUUUAAUGAGAGAGAGUACGUAGAUAAAUUUCUUCCUAUAUACUACGAAAACCAAUACGAAGAUAUAUGUUUACGAAUACAUGCAAACAAAAUAAUAUUGCUAACUCUAGCAAGAGGAAAUGAUAUAAUAAUACUCAAUCCCAUCAGAAAAAUCCAGAAAAUAGAUUUCAAUGUUGACAAAUCCAAGAUUAAAGCAGCUGGAAAGCGAAAAUUUGGAGCAAAGCAAGUAAAACCCAAUUCUACUAUAUGCCAAGUCAAAUUGGAGGAGGAAAACUUUACGAGAAACAUCAGAGCAGGCAUAACAGGUUACAUAGUUGAAAUUAACGAGAGCGUUAAAGAAGACCCAGAUCUUUUAGUACGUGAUCCGAAAGGAAAGGGAUUUGUAGCCAUUUUAAAAUUGAAGGGGCAACACGGUCAGCUAGAUGAAAUUCUGAAUAAUAUGCCUUUGUUAACGGAAGAAGAAUAUGAAAAAACCCUAAGAGAUAGAAAUGAAACAAACAAUGCAGCAAUUGACUAAUAAUUCGCUUGACGAUAUUUUAAUUAUAUUUUAUACUUAUAUAUGAUACUUAUAUAUUUUUGUAUUAUUACCAUAUUUCCAUUAUUACCAUUUUUAUAUUA